AUGGCUGCAUAGGGCAAGCAAGGUGCAAUCACUUCUAAUAAAACUUACCACCAGGCCCAAGCUCCGUUUUAUCAGCUUUAUUACAAUUCAACCCCUCCUCAGAUAAACCUUGCUUCACCACUUUCAAUACACUCUCCCCCUCUUCUCUGUUAAUCAUACAAGACUUAAUAGUAAACAAAGAACACAGCUUUCUUGCCUCUUGCUUCAGAUCCUAAUUCAAUCACUAAUAUUUUCUGGGUUAUGUGUCAAAAACGGGUCUUGACCCGGUUCUUGAUUUGACAAGAUUGAGGAUUAGUUUGAGGGAUUAAUGGGAAAAAAGGUCAAGAAGAAGGCUAGAGCUGGAAACAAGGAGAAGCGAGUUGCAAAAUCAGCUACUGCUUCUGAAAAAGCUGCUCCUGCAAAUGAUACUCCAGUCCUUGAGACUGAGGCUGUGGAUGCUGUAGUGCCAGCUGUGGAAGAUAGACGUAUAUGUCCUCACUUUGACAAGGGUUUUAAUUUGGUUAAAGUGUCCCUUAAAUUAGGAUCACCAGGUCCAUUGAAAUGUGAGGAUUGUAGAGAAGAAUCUUAUGACAGGCGAGCAAGUAAGGCAAAAGGUAAAGGAAAGAAAAAAGGUAGCGGUUCAGUGGAUUCAAAUUCAGGGGAAAAGGCGAUUUGGAUGUGUUUGGAAUGUGGCCAUUUUUCAUGUGGAGGGCUCGGUUUCCCAACAACGCCUCAAAGUCAUGCGGUUCGUCAUGCCAGACAAAACAGGCAUCAUUUGGCUAUUCAAUUUAAAAAUACUCAACUCCGGUGGUGCUUUCCUUGUAGUACGUUGAUUCCAGUUGGAAAUUUAGAAGAGAAUGGUCACACAAAAGAUGUUCUGUUUGACAUUGUAAAACUGAUGAAGGUGCGCCCUACUGAAGGAGCAUCUAUUGAUGUUGAGGAUGUAUGGUUCGGAAGUGGCAGUGUUUUAAGUGAUAUCAAGACAGAAAAUGCUACAUUAAAUAAUAUAUAUGCCGGAGGUGGUUAUAAGGUCAGAGGAUUAACAAAUUUAGGAAACACUUGUUUCUUUAACUCGGUAUUGCAAAAUCUUCUUGCCAUGCAGAAAUUGCGGGAUCAUUUCUUACAAAUGGAGGAGUCAAUUGGCCCACUUACUGUGUCUCUAAAGAAGCUUUUUGUUGAAAUAUAUUCGGGCUCUGGAGUAAGGAACGUAAUUACUCCUAAAGCCUUGUUAGGUUGUGUUUGUGCAAAGGCUCCUCAAUUUAGAGGAUUUCAGCAACAUGAUAGUCAUGAGUUACUUCGUUGUUUGCUGGAUGGUUUGUGUACUGAAGAGUCAAGUGCAAGAAAGCAAGCCAAAUCUUUAAAUGAAGAUGGGACGUCUCCGAAUGUUGCUCCUACGUUUGUGGAUGCUAUAUUUGGUGGGAUGCUUUGUAGUACUGUUACUUGUUUAAAAUGUUCACACUCCUCAAUAGUUCAUGAGCCGUUUUUAGAUCUCUCACUGCCUAUACCAAGUAAAAGACCUCCAUCCAAAAAGGCUAAACCAGUUACUCAACCCAAAAAAACAAAGCUUCCUCCAAAACGUAGUCAAAGAAUUCGUUCAAAAGUUAACAGAAAUGCAGAUCCAGUACAUCGAAGUAGCACACCCAGUGUGGAGGAUAUCACGCCUUCUGCAGUGGUUUCUACAUCAGAAUUUACAGGCCAAGUUGUUUCUGGUAAUGAGAGUAAUUCAGUUUUAGAGAAUAAUUCCGCUACGCAAGAAUCUAAUAAUUUGUUGCACAAGAAUGUUGUGGAGAAAACUGUACCUGCAGACGAUGAUGCAUCAUGGUUGGAUUACCUUGAGCCAGACACAGUGUCCAGUGAUUAUGAAUUGGCUGCACAGGACCAGAAUAUGGAUGCUGGUAAUGAGGAUGCUUCUGAGAAUAUUGUAUCAUUGCAAAAUGUUGGUAGUUCAAUGGUUAUGGAAUCUAGUAAUCAGGAUCCUUUACCUUGUACGGAACAAACAGAACCUUUGGGAGAUAGCUUUGCAUCUAUGGAUUACCUUAAUACAGAUGGUGUAUCCAACGAUCCUACUGUGGAUUCCCACAGCAAUGAUAUAUCAUCAGUGCCAGAUUCUGUCAUCAAGCAUGCUACUAUGAAUGGUGAAAUUCCAAAGCAUGACUCAGAAUUUAGUGAUUUGAUUUUGCCUGAAGAUUCCAGCAGGAAAAUGGAUUGGGGAGAAAAUUCAUGGGAAGAUGAGCCCCUUUUGCAGGUUCAAAGUUCAGAAGUAUUGUUACUUCCUUACAAAGAAGACACAUCAACUGCUGAUGGUGCAUCAAAUAGCAUAGCUGGAAUCUCACCAUCACCUGUUGCUGAUGAACAAGAUUCCAUGGACUUCGGCGGAUUUGGAGAUCUAUUUAAUGAACCUGAAGUUGUUGAAGGUCCCGUUAUGGGGCCUAUGAACAGAAAUGAAGUUGUAGGAACUGGUACUAGUUUCGGAAAUAGCAGUGGGUCUGAUCUAGAUGAGAUUGAUAAUUCUGAUGCUCCAAUAUCAGUGGAGAGGUGUGUGUCUUUCUUUACAAAGCCAGAGCUACUUUUGAAAGAUGAACAUGCAUGGCAUUGCGAAAAUUGUUCCAAAAUUGUACUAGAACAAAGAAAAUUAAAGAAGGCUGAUAAAUUAAGAUCAAAUGUUUUGCUGAAUGGAGAUGCGGCGAGAGUUCAGGAUCCUCUUUUAUGUUCUGGACAGUUGGAACCUCUUCCUAUAGGCAGCAAGAACCACUGUAAUGGAAAUAACAAAAGGGAAGUACUUGAUGCUCUUAGUGAAAAGUUGACUUCAAGCAAUGGAAGUAUUGAUGGUGAAUUGAACGACACAACUGAAAGUAAUCAGAAGUGUGAUGAGCAUCUUCCAGUAGAUCCCCUGUUGGAAGAAGAAAAAUAUAAGAUCAGUGUUGCACUCCAAAAGCUCACAAUUAAUGGGGAGAAUUCAAAUGACUCUUUCAACAUUAAUGAAUCUGUUGGUGCUGGAUGUUACCCUGUUAGUGCCCAACAAAGUAAACUUGAUUCCCCGCCUGGGGAACGGGAGUCAGGUAGUGAGGAUGUGGAGGUGGAUUCAGAAAGCAUCAAGGUGAAGAGAGAUGCAACAAAAAGGAUUCUGAUUGACAGGGCCCCUCCGAUCUUGACCAUUCAUCUAAAGAGGUUCAGUCAGGAUGCUCGUGGUCGCAUUAGUAAAUUGCAAGGUCACGUGGAUUUUAGCGAUAUGGUUGAUCUAGGACCAUACAUGCAUCCCAGGUCAGCUGAAAAAAGAAGCUGCAUCUAUCGUCUGCUUGGAGUGGUCGAGCAUCUGGGGACGAUUAGAGGAGGCCACUAUGUAGCAUACAUAAGAGGAGGCUUAAAGAGUAUGGAAACCGAGAAAGCAAAUAGUGGCGAUUAUACUUGGUAUCAUGCCAGCGAUACAUAUAUUCGCCAGGUUUCAUUUGAAGAAGUUCUAAGGUGUGAGGCAUAUAUCUUGUUCUACGAAGAAAUUUGAGAGACGGAUCACAUCCAAUUUUUUGUUCUUUUUUCAAGAGUUGGAGGAAUUCUACCGAGCACCUCCUCUACCACAGGCGGGAAGGAAACAUGGAGAAGCAGAGAAGUUUGUUACAAAAAUUUCGGAAGUUUUAUACCUGUAUCAAUGCAAAAUGAGUUUUAAAGUUCACAUGAACUUUUUUUUUUGGCAGAAAAUUGCUGAUGGCUUAAUCUGGUUUAUUGACCGGAUUUCGCUUCAGCCUUUCACACAUUUUAUUUCCCUCCCGGAAUAUAUUCACUACGACUUAUAGCA